UGGUGGACCGUCGUAAUGAAAUUUAUUAAUAGAGCGAUAGCGAGCCUGCGACUAUGUGGCUUAAUUAAAAGUAUUGAAAAAAAUGGAGUUUCUCAAGUUUGUUAAGAAACAUAUCCAUAUUAUUUUAUUAUGUUUUGUUUCACCAAGUUGUCAAUUAAUCAAUGACAAUGUAAAAAGUAUACACAAUAAUGCUAUAGGAAAUAGUCGUAAUCAAUUAGCAGUUGAUGCUAAUAAAAUAAUAGCAGCUCGUAGACAGCCAGUGAUAACGCCGCCUCUUCACAUCUCACCACAACCGCUCAUUACUAAGAAAGUCCUAGUAAAUCCCCACAAUUCUGCUAAAACACAAAGAACUGCCAUUAACAAAGCGCCUAUAGGCGCAACAGUUCAUAGCAAUGAGGUUCCAAAAAAAGAUAUAAUUCAAAAUAAAAAUAAUGAUACAAAAGUUGAUUCAGAAUCUAAAAGCGAAGAAAAGCAUUUUGAAGAUGAAGCCAUUGACGAUUUCAAUAUAUUAUCAGGAAAAGACAACGCAGACAAACUUAACUCUGUCAGUUUGAUUCCUCAAAAUAAUGAACGCAAUGAAACUAAAUCUAAUAUAAAUGAAGUUUCUCCCAAACUAGAAGAUAUAGUUGAGAAGAAUCUAAAAAACAAUACCCAGAAUGCAUCUGAAAACUUUGAUACGCAUAGAUUUAUUGCGUCAAAUAAUUUAAAGGAUAUUGUAGAAGAAAUGUCAGUCAAAGAAAAUAUGACAAGUAAGAUUACAGAUGAACUUACAAUAGACAAAAUAAAACCGAAUCAAAAAGAAAAUGUUUCUCCAAGUGUUCAUAUGAAAUUAGAAGAUAAGAAGAGUAAUUUGAAAAAUAGUGAAGUAUCAAUUAAUAACAAUGAUAAGGUUAAGCCUACGAAGGGUUCUGUACGUAAAAGUGGUUAUAGAAAUAUUCAAAACCCAAACUUUAUGCAUAAAGACGAUGUUCCAAUUACGACUAAGCUAGAAUUAAACGUAGAUCCGAAAGUAAUGGAGAAACUUACCAAUGAUGCAAAUGACAAAAUAUUUAUCAAAAAUUCAAAUUUUGAAGAAUUGCGAGAAAAAUACAACAAACCAUCUUUCAAAGAUACUUUUAAUGAAGACAUAACUGAUCUUAAUAAUAAUUUAUCUGAAAUAUUAAAAGAAGAAAUAGAUUUAAAUAAAAUCAAAAGUCCUAAUGCAAAUGAUUUUUUCAAAAACGAUAGUCCUACAGACAGAGUAUGGAGAAAAUGGGAAAAUACUGAAAUACAUAUAAAAUCUAAUGGUGUUAAAGAUAUCCAACAAAAUACAAUAUUACCUCAAAGAGAUAUUUGUGAUUGUUAUAGUAAUGCUGGGUUUAAUCCAAUUGAGUAUACGACCAGCCAGUUCGAUCCACCAGUAUAUCAGGAUUUUAUUUCUACACAAAAUCCUACAAGAUAUUAUUUGCCUUACACGUCAUAUCCCACAUGUUACAAGCCACAAAGCUAUGGAGACCAAUACGCGCCAGUUUCAAGAUAUCAAAAAUAUAUUUUUCCUUGUCUUUAGACAAAAUUUUAAGGGCUAAUAGAAGACAGUAAUUAUGAAGUAUGGGGUGGUUAGGGUGGAGGUCAAGGAAGAGUUGCAGUUAAUAAACAAUUAAAUGUGUCAAAAGAAAUUAGGAAUACAUACUUCAUCCAUCUGUUUUUCUCUAUUGACCGGACACACUACUGCAUGUAGAUAGCUAACAAAACGUGUUGCACUCCGGGAAUGCCGGCUGAAGUGAAAACUUGGAUAUUAACUUUGGGCAUUUUUGAAGUCUUACGAAUUUUCUAUCAGGUCACGUGUCCUGACGCGAGUUUAAACUUUUUUUACCCAUCACAAAAAGUGCACAACGCCGCUAAAGAAGUUUUCACUUCAAUAAAAAUAAUAGUGGUGUGAAUGCUCAGUGUGAAGGUAGGAAAUAUGUGAUUAUUUACCUACAAAAUCCAAUUACAACUUUGUAUAUAGUUAGCUUUUUCAAUUAAUAGUUAAAUAUAUAAUAAAUGUACAUAAUAUUC